CGUUUCGUUGUAGGUCGGCUGAACUGAAGUGCAGUUAGAUGAUACAGUCGGAAAAAAUGCCAACAGCUGACUGGCACUCCAGUGUUCUGCUGUUAUGACUGCGGCGGUGCUGGGCAGCCGGAGCACUUCUGCAGGACUCAACACAAUAACAUUACCCUGCGAGGAGGCUUAUGCAGAAAUCAUACAUACACACUUUUAUUGUGAUGCAUUUGUUGUAGAAUAAAGCAGAUGUUUGCAUUCGAACCGCCAGUAUUUCCCCACAUCCCCCCUCCCCACCCCCCCCCCCCACCGUCUUUAGUGUCCUACAGUCUUAACAUGACAUACACGUUUUUGUUGCAAGAGACAGGCCUAUGAAAUUCAAACUGUCCAUGUACACUAGAACAGAUUGUCAGUAUCUGCAUGUGUCCUAUAAACAGAACGGCACACCAUUGUGCUAUCUAGUGAUCCACUGCCAAGACUAUAAAGUUGCAUGACGGAAUGUUUUAGUCCUGAUAAGUUGGUGAUGUGUGCCGAGCUGCACUCUGUUCUGCAGCCCACAGAUUCCAGGCAUACAUCAACUUACCCGGUCCUACGCCGUCUCCAUGUGAACUGUGGUUAAAGGGACUACAUGUGAACACUGAGAGCUGUCGACUUUCCCUGCAGGCUACUUGGAAAACAUCUUUUGUAGAUGUGCUAGGUGGUGUAUAGGGUUGACACAAAAAGACAAGAAGAACGGCUCAAAGACAGACACACCUCUGAUGCCUCUGGCCAGUGUGAGCUCAUGGUGUGUGCUCGCUGGGACAAACUAGUCGUCUGGCUGAAGAGCGCUGUGUUUCUACACACAGUAAAGCCCACACAGGAUGUCGUGGGCCAGAAGUCUCUUUGUAGGCAGAGAGGAAGAGCAAAAGACAACAUGGGGAGAACGCAAUGGCAAAAAGAGGCAGGACAGCUCGUCACUAUGCAACCCACGUUACAUGAGCUGCCUGAGGGACCCGGAGGAUGUAGAGACCCCUAAUGCAGCCCCUCAGCAAUACAACUGUGGUGCAGGUACCAGCGGGGGCAGCUUCGGCGUGCGUUGUGCCUGGCAGGAGGACCACUAUGGCAAAAGGAUCGUCGGCGGAGGGGAUCUGGGUCUAAAGGCCGUGGACCUGGGCUUUGAGGAUGGUGAGCUGAAAGGCAAAAAAGAGGAAGAAUUAGGGGAAUUAGCAGACAGCGGUUGCAAAAAAAUGACUGCUGCAGACUGUUGGAGGCAGUUUUUGUGGGUUUUCAGAUCCAAAAAAUUUCAAUCCACCAAGCUGGAACGUCUGUACCAGCGCUAUUUCUUCAGACUCAACCAGAGCUCUCUGACCAUGCUAAUGGGAGUGCUGGUGGUGGUGUGUGGAGUCAUGCUCGCCUUCCACUGCAUCCACACAACGUUCAACGUGGCUUACAUCUCCGUACUCUCAGUUGCCAUGGCUCUUUUCCUGGCCAUGAUGGUUGUGUGCAACCGUAACGGCUUCCACCAAGACUACAUGUGGAUUGUGAGCUACCUGGUGAUUGGAGUUCUGAUUAUAGUGCAGGUUUUUGGAGUACUAAUGGUAUUCCCCCGCAGUGCCUCAGAGGGCAUCUGGUGGACCGUCUUCUUCAUCUACAUCAUCUACACGCUGUUGCCGGUCAGAAUGAGAGCUGCUGUGCUCAGUGGAGGCGUGCUGUCCGUCAUACACGUAGUGACGGCCUGGCAGCUCAACCAAGAGGACAAGUUCCUUUUCACACAGAUCAGUGCCAACGUCCUGAUCUUCCUGUGCACUAACAUGAUCGGGAUCUGUACCCACUACCCUGCUGAGGUCUCCCAAAGACAAGCCUUCCAGGAGACCAGAGGAUACAUCCAGGCCAGACUGCACCUGCAGAGGGAAAACCAGCAGCAGGAGCGAUUACUGCUGUCAGUGCUGCCAAGGCACGUUGCCAUGGAGAUGAAGGCUGAUAUCAAUGCCAAGAAGGAAGAUAUGAUGUUUCACAAGAUCUACAUCCAAAAACAUGACAAUGUUAGCAUACUGUUUGCCGACAUCGAGGGCUUCACCAGCCUGGCGUCUCAGUGCACGGCCCAGGAGUUGGUCAUGACGCUGAACGAGCUGUUUGCCCGCUUUGACAAGCUGGCCUCGGAAAACCACUGCCUGCGUAUCAAAAUCCUUGGGGACUGUUACUACUGUGUUUCAGGGCUGCCCGAGCCCCGAGCUGACCACGCACACUGCUGUGUAGAAAUGGGAGUAGACAUGAUUGAAGCCAUCUCGCUGGUGAGAGAGGUGACAGGUGUUAACGUGAACAUGCGAGUGGGAAUUCACAGUGGGCGCGUACACUGCGGGGUGCUGGGCCUGCGAAAGUGGCAGUUCGAUGUCUGGUCCAACGAUGUGACGCUCGCCAAUCAGAUGGAGGCUGGCGGGAAGGCGGGACGCAUCCACAUCACCAAGGCCACCCUGCAGUAUCUGAACGGGGAUUACGAGGUGGAGUCCGGUUAUGGAGGAGAGAGAAAUGCUUACCUGAAGGAGCACAAUAUUGAAACCUUCCUGGUGCUCGGCUGCAGCCAGAAAAGGAAAGAAGAGAAAGCCCUGAUGGCCAAAAUGCAGCGAGCACGUGCAAACUCUGCAGAGGGACUGAUGCCACGUUGGGUGCCUGACAGAUCUUACUCCAGAAGCAAGGAGUCCAAAGUUUACAAGAAGAUGGGCAUUGAUGCAGCAUCCAGUAAAGAAAACCGCUGCACUCAGGAGGCUUUGAACCCUGAGGAUGAGGUGGACGAGUUCCUUGGACGGGCCAUCGAUGCGCGCAGCAUUGACCAGCUGAGGAAAGACCACGUCAAGAAAUUUCUCCUUACCUUUCAGACACCUGACCUGGAGAAAAAGUUCUCCAAAAAGGUUGAUGAUCGCUUUGGGGGAUAUGUGGCUUGCACACUUCUCGUGUUCUGCUGCAUCUGUUUUAUUCAGAUGAUCGUAUUUCCAAGAACAAAACUUAUGACUGGUCUUUACAUCAGCAUCUUCAUCAUCCUCACCAGCAUCCUCUUCAUCUGUGCCAUCUAUUCCUGCAUCAAAUUCUUCCCAGCUGCCUUGCAAACAGUUUCCAAGAAAAUAGUCCGGUCUCGAGCAAACAGCACACUGGUGGGCGUUUUCACCAUCCUCCUCCUCUUCAUCUCUUCCUUUGCUAACAUGUUUAUCUGUAGCACGGAGAAACUCCGGGACUGCGUAGCCAAGGAGCAGAAUACAACCGUGACUCUCUGCCUGCUUCACAACCUCACUAAGACAGCGGGGGACGGCUUGACUCUGUGCUCCAGUCAGGUCAUGCCCUGCCAUUUUCCUGAGUAUUUCAGCUACAGCGUACUGCUGACCCUGCUGGCCAGCUCCGUGUUCCUCCACAUCAGCAGCAUCGGGAAGCUGGCUCUAAUGUUGCUCAUCCAGCUCACUUUCCUCCUGGUGGUGGAGUGGCCUCAGGUGGCCCUGUUUGACAACGCAGACCUGCUGGUCAUUGCCAACACACUGCAAUUUCCACAUGUUAAUGAUUCCCGACAACCUAGUUUCAAUGAAACUGCUGAACAGUGCCUGGAUGACGUGUACAAGGUAUCCCUGAAGGUCAUGACCCCUGUAGUCCUGAUGGUUUUUGUUCUGGCUCUCUACUUGCACGGCCAGCAGGUGGAGUCCACUGCACGCCUUGACUUUCUCUGGAAGCUGCAGGCCACAGAGGAGAAGGAGGAAAUGGAGGAGCUACAGGCUUAUAACCGCCGCCUGCUCCACAACAUCCUACCCAAGGACGUGGCUGCCCACUUUCUUGCGCGGGAGCGUCGGAAUGAUGAGUUGUACUACCAGUCCUGUGAGUGCGUCGCUGUCAUGUUCGCCUCCAUCAGCAACUUUUCAGAGUUUUAUGUGGAGCUGGAGGCGAACAAUGAGGGGGUCGAGUGUCUCAGGCUGCUUAAUGAGAUCAUCGCGGACUUUGAUGAAAUAAUCAGCGAGGACAGGUUUCGUCAGCUGGAGAAAAUCAAAACCAUCGGCUCUACGUACAUGGCAGCCUCUGGCCUCAAUGACUCCUCUUACGACAGAGAAGGCCGCUCUCACAUCCUGGCUUUGGCAGACUACGCCAUGAGGCUCAGAGAGCAGAUGAAAUACAUCAACGAGCACUCUUUCAACAACUUCCAGAUGAAGAUAGGGUUGAACAUGGGGCCUGUUGUAGCAGGGGUGAUAGGAGCCAGGAAACCCCAGUACGAUAUCUGGGGGAACACUGUCAAUGUGGCCAGCCGGAUGGAUAGCACAGGCGUGCCUGACAACAUCCAGGUGACCACAGACUUGUACCACGUGCUAGCCAGCAACGGAUACAAGCUGGACCGCCGAGGAGUUAUUAAGGUGAAGGGGAAAGGAGAGAUGACCACUUACUUCCUCACCAGCGGCCCCCCGGGGAGUGAACGACAGACCAGCUGACCACAGUCACCCCACUCCAUCGAUUCAGCAGAGACUGCAGACGCACUGAGGGGUCAGCGUGCCAGUGAGCACUGAAGCGCGGCGCAAACACGCUGGGGACAGGACAUGACCAACAGAGACAAGGCUGUAUAUUGUCACAUACUCAGACAAGCACACAUGUACGGCAUUGUUCAUGUUUGAAAGUUUUUUUUCCAGCUGCCCGAGAGAUAAUGAAGCCCAGUUGCCUUAGGACGGAAGUGACUAUGCUUGUUUUUAAGCAAUAGUACUUCAUCUCGAUCUGUUUUUCAUCCGGAGUCAUUAUUUAUUUUUGUGAAAUAAACUAAUUCUUAAAAGAAAAUAUGCAAGGACAACAUGAAGGAAGAUAAAAAAAAACCAAAGAACAAAUGUUUGAUAUGAAACAUACACUGACGAUUCUGUUCAAAAAGUACAAAAACCUUAUUAGGUUUAUUAUUCCUCUUUCGAGAGCAACAGCCACGGAAACUUCUCUGUUGAUGACAGGGAUUAACUUUUAUUUUGUGGACUUGUUAGUGACGGAGAACACACAUGCACUGAUUUUCAGGCAUAUAUAGACAGAAGACACAAUAACCUUGGCUCGGAAGUCUGUGUUUCCUAUCAGGGCCUUCUUUUUUACCCUUCCAGCUUGUGGCCACACCGGACACAAGGCUGUUUGUGGUUCAUUCAAAUGUAAUAACUGAACGCUCACUCCCUGCAAUAUCGUUUUGGUUCAAGCCAAACACAAGAAGUCAUAAAUGAAGGAGGAAUAGCUGCAUUAAUACCACAGAACUGAGGAGAGAUUGUUAAAGUACUAUAAAACAUUUUAUACAGGUGUGUGUGAGUCAUGUAUGCAAGGCUGCGUGCGCGUGAGCACAUGUAACUGAAUGCUCCUCUGUAAAGGAGCAUACUGUAACGUUUCACUGUGAGAUUUUUAUGAAAAUGUACAAAAAUGCUUUCUUGCCAAACUAGUUGCUGCAAGGCAUGUUUUAUAUUAUUCUUCAGAACAGUGUGUCCAUUCCUUAUUUUUUGUGUCAAAACGAUCAUUUGACGAGAGUUAUGUCUGCUGCGCCGUGUACUGGACUGUGAUUUUGACUGAUUUCAUUCCCAAUGGAAUAAGCAAUGUUUUUCUUUUGUUUUUGGAUUGUGUUAAACAUGUGAAAGUACACUUGUUUUUUUCUCUGACAGCUUCAAGAUAAGUGUAUGCAGAAAUUGUCCAUCUGCUAUGUAUUGCCUUGAUAGAAUGCAGUACCGGUGUCCUCAUCCUUCAUGGACCACUCAUCACAAUUUUACACAGCAGCAGUAUUCAAUCUUGGAUUAGGACUUAAAAAAGCUUUUUAAAACCACAUAAAUUGUCAGUUUGAAACAAUAAUCAUAUGAAUGUAUGUAAUAAUGAAGAUUUCUGUCCACAAUGAGACUACUGAAGACAACAUUUUGGUCCACAAGAAGCAGCUUAGUCAUUGUACAAGAGGUCAAACGGUUUGGACUUCAUGUUCGCUGAAGAAAUAUUUUACAUUUGAACAAGCUUUACACUUGGUGUGGACAUGUUCACAUAUCUGUCUGCCAUCGCAAGCUGCAAAAAAGCAUCCCAUUCGCUUGUCUGUGGUGCAUAAUUCUCUCUCUGUCCUCUCAGAGGGAAAGCAGCGUGAACGCUGUUGCAUCUACCUUUAAGCUGUGGCAAAAUUUAACAACUGGUGCAAUGAUUGAUUUGGUUAGAUUCCCACAGGAAAAAAAACAAUCAAUAAAUGGCUGUUUUUGCAUUUCUGUGCUUUUCUUUGGGGGUGGGAGGUCCUGAUGCAAAACACACUUCAACCUUCUUUGAUGAAAAAAAAAAACAAAUCAGUAAAAAGCUUACUUCGCAAAAACGCCAGCCUACUCAGCGGUGCUCUAUUUGGUCCAUUUAGCGCUCAUGUCAAUCAUCAGCCUGCAAUCAAGAUUGCACUGUGUGACAGUAACAUGAGAGAUGUGCCCAUCUCCUUUUCCGAAUAACAUGGUCUACAGUUUCAAGAGGGUGAUACAGGAGAGAGUAUUUAAUUGCUUGCACAUGAAUAAUGAAUCCCUGUUGAGGCUGUUUCAAUGUUCACUUACACCACUCUUAUGCUGAGCAUUAAUUAAGUGACAUAAAUUCCUUGUAAUCCCCAAUGAAAAAGCACUAAUGUAACUAUAAUAGAAACAUGAUACAGAGUAUGCCAUUGAACUGCAUUAUCCUGACGUGUAUUUAUAAUAUUUUGAGGCCUUAUUGUUUGUAAGCCUGAAUGUGGUCUGAACUCUCAAAAAUAAACCCCUAUUGACUAUGA